AUGGCGACUAGGACACAAUUUGAGAAUUCUAACGAAAUUGGUGUGUUUUCGAAGCUAACUAACUCGUACUGUUUGGUGGCACUUGGUGGUUCGGAGAACUUUUAUUCUGCGUUUGAAGCCGAAUUAGGAGAUGCUAUUCCUAUUGCUCAUACCACUAUUGCAGGUACGAGGAUUGUUGGUCGUAUGACUGCUGGUAACCGUAGAGGGUUAUUGGUUCCAACUCAAACUACCGACCAAGAAUUACAACAUUUGAGAAACUGUUUGCCAGAUGCUGUGAAGGUUCAAAGAGUUGAGGAGAGAUUAUCUGCGUUAGGUAAUGUUAUCUGUUGUAAUGAUUAUGUUGCUUUGGUUCAUCCAGACAUCGACAGAGAAACUGAGGAGUUGAUUGCCGAUGUCUUAGGUGUUGAAGUUUUCCGUCAAACAAUUUCGGGUAACGUUCUUGUUGGUUCAUAUUGUGCGUUGUCUAACCAAGGUGGUCUAGUGCAUCCUCAGACUACAGUACAAGACCAAGAAGAACUUUCCUCUUUGUUGCAAGUCCCACUAGUUGCUGGUACUGUGAACCGUGGUUCGCAAGUCGUCGGUGCUGGUAUGGUCGUGAACGACUAUUUGGCAGUUACUGGUCUAGAUACCACCGCUCCAGAAUUAAGUGUGAUCGAAUCUAUCUUCCGUCUACAAGACGCUCAACCAGAAGCUAUCUCUGGUAACUUGCGUGAUACUUUGAUCGAAACUUACUCAUAA